AUGAUUAGCAACAAGUGGUGUCUCUCUCUCUUCGUCUCGGUUGUCUGCGUCUGGGCUGCUCCCAAAUCCAGAUUCGAAUCCGAGCUUCAGAAAGUGUAGGUGUAAUUGAAUAAGGUGUGUUUACUCUUAGAUUUAAAAAUGCGAAACAAUGUUUUCACAAGAAACUAUUGGCAGAGGCUUCGUCGAGGAUUGGGAAGAAAUUGAGUGGCGAUGACAAUUCGACCGUCUAUCUGAACGAUAUCAGUGUGGCCGAAGGGUGGGGGCGCUUAGUUUUAACAAUUUUUUUAAAUAAUUAGGUCAAAUAUUCUUCUGGAUUGUCUGCCAAAAAGUCAGAAAUCGAUCGUUCUGAUCAAUAACCUAAGGCAAUAUUCUUACGGUCCUCCAAGUGACUGUGCCAAGAAGUUUGGGCAAUCUUAUCAUCACAAAAGUGAUGAUAGAAAUCAAACUACGCCAACGAAAAGUGAUGUAAAAGAUGCCUUCUUCAACGGUCAACUCGAUGUUUGCAGGUAAUUGAGGUUGCAUAUCUGACAGUAGAGUUAACUUUCAUCUACGCGAAGAAAGAUAAACCUUCUCUUUAACGAUUCGAUUUCAGUUUAUUGAUCGAUGUGAUGAACCCAUUCUACUGUAACUUUAAGAAGGCAUGCCCUAGGGACAUUCAGGACUUUCAAGUCACUUAUGCCGCGCUUUAUUCGAUGCAACAGCUGUUAUUGAACACAGAAAAACCCUUGGUGUAAGUUCAACUGCCUACAAUAAUGUCUAAAAUUCUAGAUGUAUGCAAGAUCGCAGUUCCAACGAACCUCUUGGUACUGUAAUCAACCCUGCCGCAUAUGAAAAGUCGUUUAACGUGACUUCUGAUCCCUUGAUCGUGGGUGAUUUCUGCAAUGAUUCAUCGGCGGAAGGAAGUGGAAUUGAUGGGGAAGAAGGGUCAGGAAUCGGGUCAUUCCAAUCCGAUAGUCUACAUGAAGAAUCCUCGGCUCACGUCGAAAAUGGGUUUGGUGAGCAAUUCUGGGAAGAUCUGAGGAUCGAACAAGUUCUGAACAGGGCCUUCAAUUAA